AAUUAUUUUCCUCAGUUCGCUUUAUUGUCGCAUUAUAUUCCACUGAGAUAUUCAACGAAUGUCUCAUACUAGAUAAGUGGGAACUGUGAGUGGGGGUGAGAGCGGAGCGCGCAGCGAUGCGGCCCGCGGGCUCCCAGUGAGCCAGGAUGGUGGCCACCAUCGGCGUCAUCAACCCGUCUAAUGUGGAGGCGACAGCGUACAUAAGCGCGGUAGCGGCGUUCGCGGUGGUGGUGCUGGUGCUGCUGCUGUUCCUGGGCAGACGCUGGUGCUACACGGCCGUCUUCACCCGCAAGUGUUGUGAUGACAUCCUCGCUGUGAACGCGCACGUCGCUGCCCCCUGUCUUCCCCUCGACAAUGCUCAGUUUGAUGCUUUGUCGAAACCGAACCAUUACCCCGAACGAAUAUUCACGUUCGAGGCGUCCGACUCGGAUGAAGAGCUGCGUUUGCGCAUCCAACAGGAUAAGGAAGAGGUGGAAUGCCACUACGAAGAGAAGAACGAGAAUGCAGCAGCCCCGAAGUUGGAUGUAGAACUCGUAGAGAACAAGUUACGGGAGACAAGUCUUCGGGAGACGGCGCUUAGAGAAACCAAGAUUGAUGAGGUGGUCCCUAAGAGAGCGGAGUACAUUCACACGCUGGAGGCGCAAAGCAGCGUCGACAGUGAUGUCAUAGCACACAAUGAUACGUCUCUCCUCUGCGCCGAGAGCAUUUCCCAGGUGCGAGGGUUUUUGGAGCUAACACUGCUGUAUGAUGCACCGGUCCGCAGCAUGACUGUGCACAUUCUGCAGGCGAGGACCCUGCCGCAGAGGAGUCAGGGACAAAUACUGCAGAGCCAGGUUCGAGUUGUAUUAAUGCCAUUGAAAAAGCAAAAAUACAAGUCAAAGAUAAGGAAUGGCGAAAAUCCACAGUACAUGGAGAGUUUCGUGUUCCACAAGAUCAACCCGGAGGACGUACACGGCCUCGGUUUGCGUAUACGCAUAUACGGCUGCGAGCGCAUGCGUCGUCAACGGCUGUUGGGUGAAGCAACUGUCAGCUUUGCCUCACUCAGCUUGGAGAUGGAAAACGGCAUGUGGAUACAAUUGACUCCGCGCCAACAUCAUCCCAGCUUACAAGUUAGCAAGUUUCCAAAACUAGAGCUGAACCACUCGAUGUCAGGUGUGCUGGCGAGUCCAUCGUCCAUAGCGACGGUGACGACGCCAGGCACAGGUCCAGGCGGAGAGGCGUGCAGUCUGGCGCGGUCAGACUCCGCAUCAUCUUGCUGCAGUACUAGAUCUGCUCCAGAACUACUGCUCGGAUUGCAGUAUAAUUCCACCACCGGCCAUCUCUCUGUUGAGGUAAUAAAAGGCACCCACUUCCGCAAGCUGUCUCCCAAUAAGGCCCCGGAUACUUACGUAAAGCUGUGCCUCAUCAGCUCUCUAGGCAUGGAGAUGGGGCGCUGCAAGUCGACCACGCGACGUGCGCAGUCCAACCCGUUGUAUAAAGAGCUCUUCAUAUUUCAGGUAGCUUUAUUCCAACUGACCGAAGUGACGCUGAUGGUAUCGGUGUGGUGGCGGCGCAGCGUCAAGCGUAAUGAGAUGGUGGGCUGGUUCUCCCUGGGACACAGCCCUUCGGGGCGAGAGGAGGAGAGGCACUGGCAAGAACUGUGCGAGCGACAGGGAGAACAGGUGCAGCGCUGGCACGUGUUGCUGGACUCCUGACGCGCGGUGACGUAGCGCGCGGCCUGCGCGCACGCCUGAGCCUCUGUUCCCCGCGGCCCCCGGGCCCCUGCCCCCAGGCCCCGGCCCCUGGGUGCCGGCCCCCUGGGCCCUACCCUGGCCCGCACCCCUGUUGAUGUCCGGUGCGUGUCGCUUUCGUUGUUAGCACGCGGUUUGCUUUGCCGCCGAAAGGAGUACUUCGAGUUGUCUCCGUUCGUGGCGUGAUGUUUCACUCGGUUGCACUACCAGCACGUUUCGACUGAGUUUGGUAAGUGACGUACGCGUGUACAGGCGAUAUAUGUCGAAUCUCAAAUGUAAUUUCUUCAUUGUUAUAUUAAAAGCUUACAUUAUUCGUAUUAAGUGAGAACGGGAAUUGUAAUGUUUGAAUGCGGUACUUUUUUAACCGGAUACUCUUUGCUGACGCUUGUUUUCUGGCUGAUGAUGUUUUAGAUGUUAAUUUCUCAUUUUGGAAGUUUAAACGAUAACGUUUUGUAGUAUUUAUAAUGAUGAUGAAGACUUGGAGCGCACAAUACUUGUGAGAUAGAAUUAUGAUACUAGAAAGGAUAUUUAUUGAAUAUUGAUAUAUUAUAUUGUACCUUGAUGUAUGACACUGACAUUUAUUCUAGAACGUCUUGAUUAUACUCUUCAUAUAUAAGGAUGUAAGGAACAAUUUUGUAUGUAUUUGUAACUGGUACGUACCCAUUAUUCACUCAUACAUUGAAUGUUUUUAAGAUAGAUUAUAAAAUAUCUCAGGAUUUCAUAACAUUUUACAUACAUAUUAGCUUUG